AUGAAGAAUUUUUUUAAGAAGGUUAAUUAUUCUCAAUCUAGUUCUAGUAAUGUCAAUCGUUCUUGUCUUAUAACUGACCUCGAUUUGGGUUCACUUAAAGCCGAUCCGGGAGAAAUAAGACCUAUUUCUGAUUAUGAUCCUCGAAUACGAGAUGAAGUGAGGAAAUAUUAUAUUGAAAAAGGGCCUUGUCAACCUAUCUUGAAACCAUAUGCUUCAAGUGAAAUAGGAGGUAGAAUACGUCAAUUUGCUUCAAGUUGGUUUAAAGGUUCACAUUCGACUUGGUUGGAGUAUAGUGUGGAGAAAGAUGCCGCAUAUUGUCUUUUUAAUAGUGUUCACCACAAAUGUUACAAUAAGAUUCUAGAUUUAUCAAAUCGUCGUCAAUCAAUUCAAGUUGUGCUUGACAAACAUUUUGAAAAGUUAAAAAGUGAGAACCGAAUACAUUUGGAAGCUUCAAUUAAUGUAGCAAAACUUCUUUUGUAUUAUAAAUUGCCUUUUCGAGGUCAUGAAGAAAGUGAAUCUUCAAGUAAUCAAGGCUACUUUUUAGGACUUUUGCGGUGGCAUGGAGACAACCAUCCGGAUGUGGGAAAAGUGAUAUUAGAAAAAGCUCCACAAAAUGAUACUUUGACUUGUCCUAUGAUCCAAAAGGAUAUUGUCAAUGCUUGUGCUAAAGAAACAUUGAAAGUUAUAAUUGCGGACUUGAAUGGAGAUUAUUUUGGUAUAUUAGUUGAUGAAUCCAAAGACAUCUCACACAAAGAACAAAUGGCUCUUGUUUUGAGAUAUGUUGAUAAAAAGGGUGAAGUAGUGGAGCGAUUUAUCGAUCUUGUCCAUGUUAGUGAUACAUCGGCUUGCUCAUUGAAGAAAGAAAUUUAUUCUUUGCUUUCCGAUCAUUCACUAAGUCCGUCCAAAAUAUGUGGGCAAGGUUAUGAUGGAGCUAUUAAUAUGAAGGGAGAGAUAAAUGAACUGCUUGAUAUAGCGAAAGCUGAUAUCGAGAGAUUACUGAUUAUGUCUUCUCAAGACUUGCUUCUACAAGAAAACUGUUCUGCAUUGAGUGUUGAACUAUCCAUAUAUGCUGCAGCACCGGAUUUACCAGCAGAGAGAGCGCUUGCCUUGGAAAAACUCAAAGAGAACCUUCCAUACUUCUCCUUGACCUUGGGUAGAGCUAAGAAGGACCAAGAGGAUUAUUAUAAGAAAGUUGCUAAUAAAGUGAUCCUCGUUAAUAAACUCACAAAAGAUCAAGAGCUCUAUAGUAAGCUCAACGACCACAAUGACAAAAUGAUUGAAUUGGUAGGGGUGACUUGA